AUGGCCAUCGGCCUCGACACCCCCGCGCAGACCAGGCAGAGGCUCCAUGUCUUUUUCAGCGACGCCAUGCUGCCACAGUUACUCGUGACAGUGUUGACCGGUCUAUUCUGGUUGACGAACCGUGUCCUCGUCGGACUUGGGCUCUGCCUGGCAGUGCUCGUUCUGUAUCGGCUGACCCUACAUCCGCUGGCUGGCGUUCCUGGACCUCGACUGGCGGCCGUGUCGAACUUGUGGCAUGCGUACCAGGUCAGAAACGGUCGCAUGUCGGUGCUGGCCAGGACCCUUCACAAAAGGUACGGUCACGUCGUUCGAGUGGGCCCUAACGAGGUCUGGUUCGACAGCAAGGAAGCGUUUGAUCAAAUAUAUAGUAUGCAGCCCUGCCUAUCCUCGAUCGACAUGGUUGACCGCCGCAUACUCAUCGCCGACGCAGGCACCGGGAAAGGAUUCGAAAAGUCGGACUUUUACUUGUCGACCUGCCUCAACAGGCCGCGGCUCGACUGGAUGCUGCGACCACACUUUCAAGACACCUUGGAUUUGCUCUCGGAGCGAGACAUGAAGCGAUACCGUCUGCAGCGGAGGCUCAUAGGUAGGACCUACCACGCGUCCAACGUGAUCAAGUAUGAAUCGGCCAUCGACAAUGUUCUCCACCGUGCGACGGAGAAGCUGGCGUCGCUGCAGGGCGCCGAGGUUGACCUGAAGGAAUGGAUGCACAUCAUCACGGUCGAGUGUCUCGGCGCCUGCGUGCUGUCCUGGUCGCCGGGGAUGCUCAAGAACGGCACGGACCGGGGUACGAUAACGCACAGCUACCAAGGGUGGAGGCGGAAGAGCUUCUUUGGACUGUUCCCGACCAUGACCAAGCUUGAGCUGUGCUCGUCCAGCAUAGGCAGGGCCUUUGGUACGCUCUGCGGCGUCACGUACAAGACGCCGGAAAACUUUCGGCCAUUCUUCCCCGAUGUGGCGAAACGGCUCUCCCGCCGACUCAAGUCGGCUCUGCGGCUCCAUCGACCAAAGGGUGACGACGACUUGCUCGCCGACCUGAUCCAACUUCACAAGGAAAAACCCGAGUUCAACGAAACGUACCUCAGAAAGAUGGCCAUUACCAACUUUGGCGCCGGGCACGAGACGAUGGCUUCGACGCUCACAUCCAUCCUCGCCAUGGUCGGGUCGGAUGAGCAAGUUCAGAAAGUGGUGACGGCGGAGAUACGGCAGCAUUCCCGCGCAGCAGCUGCGUAUGCCGACGUCGCCAGGCUGCGGCAGACUCGGGCGGCCAUCAAGGAGUCGAUGCGGCUCCACCCCGUCAUCGGCAUGUCUCUCCCCCGCACGACGCCAUCCAGCGGGUUGCAGCUGCACGCACGCUGGUUCCCCCCGAAGACGACGGUCGGCUGCAAUCCCCUGGCGUUGCACCUGAACGAGGACAUCUUUGGGCCCGACGCCGACCGGUUCGACCCCUCCCGCUGGCUUGGGACCGAGGCGACAGGCUCGAGGGCCCGGACGAUGGACCGGUACAACCUUGGCUGGGGCGGCGGCUCUCGCACGUGUCCCGGGAGAAACCUCGCAGAGCUCGUGGUGUUCAAGGUCGUGACGGCGUUGCUUCUGCAGUUUGACGUGACGGCCGAGAUGCCGGCCGAGGACGCCCAGCGGACCUUUUUCCUAUCCAUGCUGACGGGAGUGAAGGCCCGAUUUCGACGAGCCAAGGUCGACGAGGACUAG